CAUUCUCCUCAUCCAGAAUUCAAGAUUCCGUUCUCCGUCAUAUUCCAACUCCGAGAUAUCUUCACAAAACCAUGAUUUCAAAAGCGUGUGAACCAUGCCGCAGGCGGAAGAUCAAGUGCGACGGCGCAACUGUCUGCAGCGGAUGUCGGUGUAAGCCCGCCAUGUGUACUUAUCGGGUCAAAGCACGCAACAGAGCUCGCAAAACGAACAAAGAUGUACCGACAGAGAUAUCCAGUUCCGAAACUACCGAGGAUUCACAUAGUGAUAGUGUAUACCCGGCUGCAAUCACAGCUUCUAACCAUGGGACCGACGCUAGGAGCAAUGAACAGCUUGUCUACGGCCCGACGUCGACUUUUGCAUUUCUGCAGACUUUACACGAUGAGCUGAUACAUAGGCGGAAUCCUGCUUCCAGAGAUAAAGCUCAAAGUUUAGAUGCUUUUACUAAACGAGAUAUCUUCUUUGGUCUGCCAUCAAGAGUCGACCCACUCUCACUUCCGUCGCAACAGCGAAUGGAAGACAUUCUUCCGAAGCCUAUCGCCAUAGAGUUUCUACAAGCUUUCUACAAAUACUCUUCCCAUGCUUUACCGUUUAUAACCACUGAUGAAACUCGGGUGUCGUUGGAUAGCCUCUACAACGCUGGAGCAAACGAUGCAUCAACGUCACAAGACAAAGCUCUACUGCUGAUGAUAUUCGCCAUCGGCGCACUCAGUACCUCUGAAACCGAUACCGCAGAGACCCUCUUGAUACACGCUAAGCGUGAGGUUGCCCUCUUUGAUGAUGUCGCAACAUUGCCAAUGGUUCAGUUCUUUCUCUUGAUGUCGGAUUAUCACCUCAACAUGGGCCGCCCCAAUGCUGCAUACUUGCAAGUCUGUUCGGCUUGCACCAGAGCCAUAGCAAUGGGUCUUCAUAGCAGAACUAAGGAUGAUGUAAUUGGGGAGGACUUGCAGCUGCGCUUGACUACCUUCUGGGCAUUGUAUUUCCAGCAAACGUGGAUCUGCUUUAUCGUUGGAAGAAAAGGCAUCUUCAAAAGAUCCGAUAUCUCCUGCCAGUACCCAGAUGAUCAGCCCAUGCUGGUCGAUCUUUGCAAUUUGGCAGCUAUCCAGGAAGAGGCAACCUCGUGUCCAAGCGGGCAAAAAUACUGCACACUAUCACAGAUGUACGAUCAAACCCAAAGCCUUCACAUGAGAAGUUGGGACGUCUGUGGAGGUCUGUGGUUUGGACCUAGUCACCUUCGAUGCCAAAGCCCAGGGGCAAAUAAGAUGGCACAGCUUUUAGUAUGCAACGUCUAUUACCACUUCAUCCAUACCAUCUAUCGACCAUUUCUCAUUGCUGAAUCAGCUCUUACAGCUGCCGGUCAGGUGGAACGAGCCAAUGCGAUUUGGCUUCGACAAGCGUGUAGAAAUGCCACAGACGCCGCAGAAGACUCCAUUGUACUCACCCGCGAAAUCUUCAAAACUUUAGAUAGCAAAGGAAUGAGACGAUACAAUGCCUUCUUUCUUGAAACAAGUUGCGCCAUCCUUCUAUACGCAUCAAUGGGCCAUCCAUCAAAACAUCCACAUCAUCGGGACAUCGUCGGACUCGCUAUAGAGUGCCUUGAGUUAAUGGUGGAUGAUGACCCUGUCAGAAAUGCAAUACUGCACAUACAGAAGAUUAUAGAUGCUGUCGAAGGUUAUAUAUAUGGUCCGUUUGGUCGUGGAAUGGAUGAUCCAUCCUCGCAUGUAGCUAUUGACCAGCGUCAGACCUCCGAUCAAGCCCAGGCUAGGCCCGGAUUAUUGCCCUUGGGCAACACCAUGGGCUUUUCCACCAGUUCCAUAUCUGGUAGCGCGGAUUACAUGCUUGCAAGUUUCUUGGAUCUUCUCCCCUUGGAUCCUUCAUUUGUGUUGACGGCCGACGAUGGGGCUGAUCUGGCGGAAUAGAUCUGGUAUCGAGAUAUUAACAAGACUUUCUAGACUAGCAUUGAAUCUAAAUUGCGCACUGCGUCUGAAUCACCUGGUGACCAAGUCUAAUUCUCGAUGCCUUGCUCAAGCCCUUUUCCCAAUCAUAUUGCGA